AUGGAUUCUUACAGCCUUAAGACGGGAACUCUAGUCGUGUACGCUGCACGACGGCUCACUGCCUCAAAGUGUGAGCGCACUAAGCGGGGUGGCAACCUCAGCCUUCUUUUUAUGAUUCUCUUCUUCUUUCUGCCGGCCCUCGGUAGCUCCUUGCCGAAACAAAUCGAACUGCCCGAGGACUUGGCUUGCUUUGCCAGGGUUGCUUCCUAUUUUCUCGACUACGAUUUCCAGAUCACCCGGAUACUGGGCAUAACAACCAUCGAGGGCUUGACUAAGCUGGACGAGGUCUUCCCCUCCUUCGAGAGCCGCUUGUCAAACAUGCCCUCGGGAAGUGUCAUAAUCCAAGAGGUCGACGGAUUUCCGUACUUCAAUCACAUUGAGAUCGAUGAUGGAUUUGACCCUUACAGGGUCAACACGGUCCAUUCCAAGUCCGUCACUCUACCCUUCAACUUUCAAGCACAGUCUGCCAUUUACAGUAUUCCCGCGAAGACUUUCUUCAACGACGAGGGUUUUCGCCAGGUUCCCUUUUUCAAUUCGCGCUUUACAUCCUCGCAGCCGGCUACUCAUGUUGAGGACGCGCCCAUUGUCGAAUCGCCGCCGUGA